AUGGAACCCCUCGAUCAACUCGCCGAUUUCGAAUUCCUCCUGGAACAGGUAAGACAAGUCAAGAACGACAGGAAUGUCCCGAUUCAGGACCAAGCUGAGUAUUUUCAAAAAACCUUAGUCCACCAGAUUGAAUCCUUCUCCGAAAUAGAGAAAAAGCACUUGUACAGAUACCUCAAGCUCAGCCGCGAUAAUGAUGAGCUCCGGGCUUCCUACGAUGAGCUGAACGAGGCGCUCAGCGAGGAGCUGCGCAACGUCGAGCGCAAGAAUGCGGAACUGCAGGAGGUCAAAACUGCCCUAAGAGAGACGCAGAAAGACUGCGAGGCCAAGGAGGAGUAUAUCCGUGACGCCGAGGCAGCGAAUGCUGCCCUCAACGAGAAGAACAACGAGCAGAGAAGCCUGAUCAGAUCGUACAAGCAGGACUGGAAAGCUAUGAAAGCAGAGCUGGAGCUCCGCGACAAAACAAUUGACGAUCUGCAGACGACCUUACGGAGCAAGGGCGCCCUUGUCGACAAAUACGAGCGCGAAAUCGAGCAAUAUCGAAAGCAGCGCAAAGAAUGGGAAAGGCAAGUGGAUGAAGCCGCUCAAUACCCGAACGACAAGAGCGAAAUCUUGAAAUGGCUCAAUGAAGUGAGCAGGCCUUUGAAAGCCAAACCAAAAGCACCAGCCUCUCAAGUGUCAGGCUCAGGAUCAUCAAGUUCUGAAGCGUCAAGCUCUGACAUACGCAAGGUGUCAGACUCUGUAAUGAGAUCAACAAAAGAUGACGGAGCAGAUGACGAGACACAGUGUACUACAGAUUCACAGGAGGGCAAAGCACCCUCUGCGACAGGUUCGCCUAAAGACCGGCAACCGGACCUGCAGGGGAGUGCAAUGGACUGUUCAAAUGAGGCGAUCAGCGAGGACGAAAUGAGCUCAAUACGUGGUGCUACACUUGAGGAAGAAAUGAUGUGCCUGUCUGACAUUCUAUCAGCUCUGUCCAUCGAACGGGAGGCAUCUCCAGCGGGAUGCUAUAUGACCGAUUAUCACGAGACACUAUCUCCCGCAAGCAUGUACGAUUUGCAUUUUCUACCGCAACGGCGAAAGCGACGAAAGCGGCGCGCAAAGGCAGUUGAAGACACCGAGUUGGCACGCAAGAAAACCAAAGUUCGCAAACAUUGUGAGAGUCCCGUUCAAACUGCUAGUGGAGAAAGUGCAUGUCAGGUAGACUCCCUGGAAAGCGGGCAAACAAUCUUUUCAAUUUCGCGUGGGGUUCAAACUUUGGCCUGCCAAAUGGACGGACCGGCACCAAUCCCGUCAAUAGAGUCCCCGGAAGCAUCAGGCCGAUCACGAUCCCUCCUUUUGACCGGAAGAAGAGGUCGCUAUAAGGACCCUGUGUACCUUUCAAACUCAUAUUCCAAAUCCACACGGCUGACACACCAAGAUCGAGAGCUCGGUGUUAGUUGGCCGAGAUAUGUCAGUAUGACCCGGCCCGUGCUUAGGAGCAGAGUCGCAUCUUGGCCUCUUAAUCGCGUGGAGCAAGAGACCAUUGAACAAGACGACGUUCAGCAGGAGAACAUGGAAAUGCUGUUAGUGUCACCGUCUUCGAACAAUGGGAGUGAGUCCCUGGAAGCUAGAGCUGACGCAGGCCCAGUGCUACAAACAGUUUCACAUAAACCUCCUCCCUGUUCCGGUUACAAGUCGCAAAGUGACCGCACGGUUACCGAUACAAUGAAGGAACAGCGGAUCUUUGCGUCUUCUCGCACCAUCAUGGAACGAAAGUGGUGGCUACUCUUCGUGACGAUGUUGGUCCUUUUGCUGUCCAUAGUCUCCAUACCCUCUCCAGACGAAGCGUGUCGAUCGUGGAAUACUGUCAAUAUGAUGCCACACGAUCCUCUGACAAAAUUACGCAACUGUCUAGACUCGCGAUGUAUAGUGGCGCUGGCGGCUGAGUGGGAGAUUGUCCGAAUGACCAAUUCUGAGUUCUUGUCUGUUGGCUGA